AUGGCGACUGAAACUUUAAUCCCAUUAGAAUCCAACCCUGAGGUUAUGAAUAAGUUUCUUCAAAAGUUAGGAGUCCCUAGUCAAUGGAGUAUCGUCGAUGUCAUGGGUCUUGAACCAGAGAUGUUAUCCUGGGUUCCUCGCCCUGUACUCUCGGUUAUGCUUCUCUUUCCUAUAAGUGAUGCUUAUGAAGAACAUAAACAAAAAGAAGAAAGCGAUAUUCUGUCCAAAGGUCAAGAAGUUUCUAGCAACAUUUUCUACAUGAAACAGUUCAUAAGUAAUGCAUGUGGCACUGUUGCUCUUGUGCAUAGUGUUGCUAAUAAUACUGAUAAAAUAGAGCUGGCUGAUGGCCACUUGAAGAAGUUCCUAGAUGAAGCCAAAGAUAUGGAUGCUCCCGCUAGAGGGAAAUUAUUAGAAAAGUCUGAGGGAAUUAUUCAAGGUCAUAAGGAAUUGGCCCUAGAGGGCCAAACUAAUACCCCCAGUGCUGAAGAGCCUGUGAAUCAUCACUUCAUUACUUUUGUACACAAGGAUGGCUUUUUGUAUGAAUUGGAUGGACGUAAAGCUUUCCCCGUUAAUCAUGGGCCUACUACUCCCGAUUCUCUCCUAGAAGAUGCUGCUAAGGUGUGCCAGGGCUUUAUGGCUCGUGAUCCUAAUGAAGUCCGUUUUACGGUGAUUGCUCUGGCUGCUUCCGACUAA